AUUGAGUCACCUUAAUAACUUCGCAUGCUGUCAUCUUUUAUGCUGACUUCUACUAAUGUACUUUAAUGCACUGUGUCUCCUACAAACUUCAAUUGAGAUAGUUCUAGUCGCUUGAACUGCCUUGUGAGAAGCGCAAUUAACGGACUGACUCUCAAGCCACCCAAUAUGGCUUCUGAGCUGGAGGCGCCGGCUAAGCAGGUCCCGCCCGCUGCGGACCCCGAUGUUGCUGCUCCCGCGCCGUCGAAGCAGACCGUCGACCCCUGGAACGUGUCUGGUGAGGUUGGCGAAGAUGGAAAGCUCAAGGCGAUCGACUACAAGAAGUUGGUGGAGGAGUUUGGCACCAAGUUGAUCGACAAGGAGAUGUUAGAAAGAUUCGAGCGAGUCACCGGCCACAAACCGCACCGAUUCUUACGACGGCAGAUCGUCUUCAGCGAAAGAGACCUCGGACUCAUACUGGACCGACAUGAGAAGGGCGAACCUUUCUUCUUAUAUACUGGCCGUGGUCCUAGUAGCGAUAGUAUGCACGUCGGACAUACUCAAAUCUUCGAUUUCUGCAAAUGGCUACAAGAUGUCUUCGACGUACCCCUACUCAUCAUGCUUACGGAUGACGAAAAAUUCCUCUUCUCCGAGAAGAGAACUGUCGAGGAGGUCAUAGGCUAUUCGCGAACUAACUGCCAAGAUAUCAUCGCCAUAGGCUUUGAUCCCGACAAGACAUUUAUCUUCUCUGACUACGAAUACAUGGGCGGUGCUUUCUAUAGGAACGUUACUCGAUUUGCGAAACUUGUCACCUACAACACAGCAAAGGCUACCUUCGGCUUUGACGAAAGCUCGAACAUUGGCAAGAUUCACUUCACCAGUAUACAAGGUGCCACUGCAUUUGCGACUACAUUCCCACACAUAUUUGGCGAGGAUGAGAAGAAGACUGCCAGCAUCCCAUGCUUGAUUCCUUGCGCCAUCGACCAAGAUCCUUAUUUCCGUUUGACUAGAGAUUGCGCUGCCAAAUUGAGAUACGCCAAGCCUUCCUUAAUUCACUCCCGUUUCCUUGACGCGCUUCAAGGUCCUGGCUCCAAGAUGUCUGCUAGCGUUGAUUCUUCGGCAAUCUUCAUGAAGGAUACCCCCAAGCAGAUCAAGGAUAAGAUUAACAAGUACGCCUUCUCCGGUGGCCAAGUGAGUGCGGAGGAGCAAAGGGAGAAAGGUGGAGAUCCCGACAUAGAUGUGUCGUAUCAAUAUCUCCACUUUUUCAUGGAAGACGAUGAGGAACUUGCAAAACUUGGGCAAGACUACAGAGAAGGCAAAUUGCUUACUGGAGAGCUGAAAGCAAUAUGUAUCAAAUAUCUCCAGGAGUACGUCGCCGCAUUCCAAGAACGGAGAGAAAAAGUAACGGAAGAGUCAGUCAGACACUUCAUGUCAGUACGGCCGUUGAAGUGGCGAGGAAAUCCCAAGGCGCCAAGAAUCAUUCCUGUUGUAGAGGAUGGGUCAGCCAAGCCAGAAGGUGAAGGCGGAGAAGUGAAGUUGACGAAGAAUCAGCUCAAGAAAUUAGAAAAGGAGAAACAGAUAGCGGCGAAGAAGGCGGCGAAGGCCGCGGAGAAGGAAGCGGCUAAAGCAACUUCAUGACCAUGCUUGCAGAUAAAAAUAAACGAUGAGAAAUGAUAUACCGACUUUAUGUCUACUAAGUUCCAUUCUAUAAGCAAAGGAAUAGUCUAACGUAACUUACUAACACAGGGC